GUGUGAAAGUUGUUGUGUGUUUAAUGAAUGGCUAACGUUAGCUUAACAAGUGGCUAACUUUAGCUUAAUACGUGGCUAACUUUAGCUCAGUGAGGUCACAGAUACAGUCGGUGGAUUAGCAUGUUCAGGAUCGCAUGGCGUCGGUCGGUGUGCACAAGCAGCGGCUGUGAGCACGCUCGCCUCCUGACUGCGGGGAUCUGUGGAGCGGACGGUCGGCAGCUGAGCUCCGGGGGCAACGCGAGGGGCUUCAGACUCACACCCCUCCCACAAGCAGGCGACGGGUCCCCGCUGCUCCAUCCUCAGCCGGCCCGCUACCUCAGUCCGUCUGUCUCCAUGAGCAUGGCAUCAGGGGGUGAAGGUCCAUCCUCCACUCCUCACAGACACACCAACAGGUUAGCCAAGGAGAAGUCCCCCUACCUCCUUCAACAUGCACACAACCCUGUCGACUGGUAUCCAUGGGGACAAGAUGCUUUCGACAAAGCCAGGAAUGAGGACAAACCUAUUUUUUUAUCCGUGGGCUACUCCACGUGCCACUGGUGCCAUGUCAUGGAGAGGGAGUCAUUCGAGGAUGAGGAAAUUGGAAGAAUGCUCAGCGACAACUUUGUCUGCAUCAAACUGGACCGAGAAGAGAGACCUGAUGUGGACAAGGUCUACAUGACCUUUGUUCAGGCAACAAGUGGAGGUGGAGGAUGGCCCAUGAGCGUUUGGCUGACCCCUGAUCUUAAACCUUUCAUCGGAGGCACCUACUUUCCUCCUAGAGACCAUGGGAGACGACCUGGAUUCAAGACAGUUCUCUCCAGAAUAAUGGAACAGUGGCGGAAUAACCGUCCUGCCUUGGAGUCCAGCGGGGAGAGGAUCCUUGAAGCUCUAAAGAAAGGCACCGCCGUGGCUGCGAACCCCGGGGAGAGUCCACCUCUGGCCCCAGAUGCAGCUAACCGCUGCUUCCAGCAGUUGGCCCAUUCUUACGAGGAGGAGUACGGAGGCUUCAGAGACGCUCCCAAGUUCCCGAAACCAGUGAAUUUGAUGUUCCUCAUGAGUUACUGGUCUGUGAACCGCUCCACGUCAGAAGGGGUUGAGGCUCUUCAGAUGGCCUUACACACGCUCCGCAUGAUGGCGCUGGGAGGCAUCCACGACCACGUGGCACAGGGUUUUCAUCGUUACUCCACUGAUUCCUCCUGGCAUGUUCCGCACUUCGAAAAGAUGUUGUACGACCAAGCUCAGCUGGCUGUAGCCUACAUAACUGCCUCCCAGGUUUCAGGCGAGCAGCUCUUUGCAGAUGUGGCUCGGGACAUUCUGCUCUACGUCUCCAGAGACCUGAGUGACAAGUCCGGGGGCUUCUACAGUGCUGAGGAUGCAGACUCUGUCCCAUCCUCGGGGGGGACAAAGAAGCGCGAGGGUGCUUUCUGUGUCUGGACAGCCUCAGAGGUUCGGGAGCUGCUGCCAGACGUGGUGGAAGGCGCCAGUGAACCUGUCACUCAGGCAGACAUCUUCAUGCACCACUAUGGGGUCAAGGAGCAGGGCAACGUUGCUGCUGAACAGGACCCCCACGGGGAGCUGGAAGGUCAGAAUGUGCUGAUCGUGCGUUAUUCCGUGGAGUUGACGUCUGCUCGCUUUGGCAUCAGUGUCGAGAAGGUGAACGAGCUCCUGGCUGCUGCCAGAGCCAAGAUGGCAGAAGUGAGAACCAGUCGGCCACGCCCACAUCUGGACACCAAGAUGUUAGCCUCCUGGAAUGGCCUGAUGCUGUCGGCCUACGCUCGUGUUGGAGCUGUGCUGGGGGACAAGGCCCUGCUGGAGAGGGCCGUGCAGGCUGGCUACUUCCUCAAGGACCACCUGUGGGACGCUGAACGGCAGACCAUCCUCCGAACCUGUUACCGCGGAGACGAGAUGGAGGUGCAACAGAUUUCUCCACCCAUCUCCGGCUUCCUGGAUGACUAUGCUUUCAUCAUCUGUGGCUUGUUGGACCUGUACGAGGCCACGCUGCAGACUGAGUGGCUGCAGUGGGCCGAGGAGCUGCAGCUCCGGCAGGACACGCUGUUCUGGGAUGAGGUGGGCGGAGGCUUCUUCUGCAGCGAUCCCAGCGACAGCACCGUGCUGCUGCAACUCAAAGAGGAUCAAGACGGAGCUGAGCCCAGUGCUAACUCAGUGUCUGCGUCCAAUCUCCUGCGUCUGUCCCACUACACUGGAAGACAGGAGUGGCUUCAGAGGUCCCAACAACUGCUGACUGCUUUCUCUGACCGUCUGACCAGGGUUCCCAUAGCCCUCCCUGAAAUGGUCCGAUCUCUUAUGGCCCAGCACUACACCCUUAAACAGAUCGUGAUCUGUGGCCAGAGGGAUGCCCCGGACACCACAAGCCUCCUGGCAGCAGUCAACUCCCUCUUCCUACCACAUAAGGUCUUGAUGCUCGUCGACAAUGAUGACAACUUCCUGUGUCAGCGUCUGCCUGUCCUCUCCUCCAUGUCGCAGCAGGGCGGUGUCGCCACAGCCUACGUCUGCCAGGACUUCACCUGCUCGCUGCCUGUAACCGACCCCCAGGAACUGCGUCGCCUCCUGCUGGACGGGGCCACGGACACGCAGGCAGAAUAACGACCAAAGAACUUUAUUUUUGUGAAAUCCUCGGAGACUCUUCUCUGUUAGCCUGCAGCCCUAACUUAGCUUUUUAUUGUUUGCUGUAGUAGUCCGUGUCUGUCGAGAUUAGGUCAAGCUUACAAAUUCAAUAUGCAACAUUAGUAGGAGACGUUACCUUGAGUUCAAUGGGACCAUUAACUCCUCUUUUCUUCAUAAAUAAAACCAGCUUUAUAUACCUCAAA